UCACCAUAGCCUAAUGUGAAGCCUAGACUUGCACACUAAAGCAGAACAGAAUAUGAAAAAUAUAAAAGCUAAACUUGAGGCAUCAGGGCCCUGAGCUUUACCACCCCAUCAGCACCGUGUUCCUGCACAGGCUGUAGCUGCUGCCACCUCAUUUCUCCCCUCUCCAGGCUCCGAUAUCUCCUUUUUGUUAACCAAACUCCUGGACCGUGCCUGCUCAGGCCUUCCGAAAGCCCUGAUUGUGGAGCAGGGAGAAGAGAGAGGAAACACCAUUGUCAUCUGUUGGGUCCCGUGAUGGGAGGUUCCUUUGUGCUGAGAUCUAGAUUCUGUUAAAAUCUUUGUCAGGUCCUGCAGACACAAAAAGUGUCGAGUGGCCGUGCUGAGCACACGCACGACCUCGCGAGCGAAUCCGGGUGAUUGUAGCCUGGUAAUUUCCUGUAAGGAGCUUAUUGGAUUAGAGCAAAGGCUUGGCUUGCCAGCAACACCACCUGACUGUAAUAUUUAUUGAGCAGUAUUACCUGUUUUAAAUAUUAGUCCACUUCUGCCCCAUUCAUGCCUCCAUUCUUGAGGUAAGAGGGGCUUUUUUAGUUCAGUGGCGUGCAAAGCCAUGUAGUAGAAAGGACACCCGACUGAUUUUUCGGGCUGCUGAGCAGGCAGUUUUAGUAGCUGAAGCACUUCCAGAUUUACCUCGAUGUGCUUUUGUCACUAUAAUCCCUCCUCCAUGUCAAGACUGAUUCGCUUUCCUAGCCAAGACUCACAUCGUGCGUUUUUGCCGUUCCAUUUCUUCUCCCCUUUAUUUUUUUUUUUUUUGUGUUUCUUUGUUUAUCAAUCAAUAACAAAUUGGGAAGAUGUUGGUAAACCAGUCAAGUAUAUGCUUAUUAGCUGGAGUCUGCGCCACACUGAUUGUCCUGGCUUUAGCCUAUUACUUGUAUUGGACAGUUAUUCUGAGUGACGGCCCUUGCACACGCUUCUGAGUGGUUAUCAUGGGCUUCAUUGCCUUCCUGAAGACCCAGUUCAUAGUUCACCUCCUCAUUGGGUUCGUCUUUGUUGUCAGUGGACUGAUCAUUAACUUCAUUCAACUAUGCACGCUGCUCCUCUGGCCCAUCAACAAGCAGCUGUAUCGCCGAGUAAACUGUCGCCUUGCCUAUUCCCUGUGGAGCCAGUUGGUAAUGCUGCUGGAAUGGUGGUCAGGCACAGAGUGCACCCUGUUCUCAGACGAGGCCACGGUGAAAACCUUUGGGAAGGAACAUGUCAUCAUCAUCCUGAACCACAACUUUGAGAUCGACUUCCUGUGCGGCUGGACGAUGACGGAGCGCUUUGGAGUGCUGGGGAGUUCCAAAGUUCUUGCCAAGAGAGAGCUGCUAUACGUGCCCCUAAUUGGCUGGACGUGGUACUUCCUUGAGAUUGUUUUCUGCAAAAGGAAAUGGGAAGAGGACAGAGACACAGUCAUUGAGGGAUUGAAACGUUUGUCUGAUUAUCCUGAAUAUAUGUGGUUUCUGCUGUACUGUGAAGGAACUCGUUUCACAGAGACCAAGCACCGCAUCAGUAUGGAAGUAGCUGAAUCCAAGGGGUUGCCUAAACUGAAAUACCACCUGUUGCCCAGAACCAAAGGUUUCACCACUGCUGUCCAGUGUCUCAGGGGAACAGUUUCAGCAGUGUAUGAUGUAACACUAAAUUUCAGAGGAAACAAGAACCCAUCUCUAUUAGGAAUUCUUUAUGGAAAGAAAUAUGAAGCAGAUAUGUGUGUAAGGAGAUUUCCUCUGGAAGAUAUCCCUCAAGAUGAAAAGGAAGCUGCAAACUGGCUUCAUAAGCUUUACCAGGAAAAGGAUGCUUUGCAAGAGAUGUAUAAUCAGGAAGGUAUAUUUCCUGGCAAGCAGUUUAAACCUCCUAGGAGACCAUGGACUCUCCUAAACUUUCUUUUUUGGGCCACAGUUCUCCUCUCUCCUCUCUUCACAUUUGGCUUUGGAGUUUUUGCAAGUGGAUCACCUCUCCUUAUCCUUGCAUUCCUGGGACUUGUAGGAGCAGCUUCCUUUGGAGUUCGUAGACUGAUAGGAGUAACUGAAAUAGAAAAAGGCUCCAGCUAUGGCAACCAGGAAUUCAAGAAAAAGGAAUAACUGAUGGCUGCAGUUCAGCACAUAUAACCAGACUAUGGUAUCCAAUUAACUUCAGUUAAAAAACAACAACAAACACUUAGAAACUAUCUUUUUCUUAAUAACUGAUGACUAAUAUUAAUGAAUUAAACUUGAGCCAAGAAUGAAGAAGUUGGAGGCAUCGGCUGAAGAGAAUGCACCAACCUUCUGCCUGUUCAAGGAUUACUGUAGUCAAGCUGUGGGAGAAAAUCUGGGGUGGGGUGGAAGAAGAAACUAAUUUUUCUUGCUUUGUUGGGGGACUUGGGGUGGGGGAGAAAAGAGGGCAUUGGCCAUGGCCACGUGUAUCUUCAGAUGACUGAAAACUGGUUUCUGUCAAGAGCACUACACUCACUUUUACCACAGGAGCCAUUGAAUGUUUCCUCUUGCUAAAGCCAACGUAACAUUUAUUGAUUUCCAACUUCUCUUACUAAUGAGCCAGGAAAAAACACCCUCCUUAAAUGAAUUGACAGGUAUUCAUUGGGUUAGAGUCUUUUUGGCUGUGUUGUCAUGGCUACAGAUGAAAUCCUGUUCAUAUGUUACACUGACAUUUUUUAUUUUCAGGCAACAUCUUAAGACUUCUGUAACACAGGAGAACGGAUAGUGGAGUUUGGAAGCAGCGUGUUAUCCAUCAGCACAUCCCAUAGAACAGAUCCAGUAGGAUAACACUCUCAUCCUAUCUCCUGCUAAGUGCUCAAGGCUGUUUAAUUUCAAAAUAUUACUUCAGUCUUGAGUGCUGUUUGCCCUGUUUCACAUCAAAUAUGUUCCAUAAUUUCGAAUCUGUUUGGGCUUGUUUGGUUGUUUUUUUUUUUUUAAUUAGUGGUUGGCCGUGGGAUUUAGAGUUGUGCAAAGAAGGAAUUUUUUUCAAUUUUCCUUUAAUUUCUGUUUGCAUCUCUCAUUACCAAAGUCCAGUUCAGCCAACCUCUCUCAGUAAACUGGGAGGCAGCACUAGAAAUCAGCACAAUAGUUUUCAAAAUGUCUUCUUUUGUAAAAAAUGUGAAAAGGAGAGGUCUGUAGCAGUCAAAUUUUGAAUGCUGGUAUCUCUUGAACUUCUAAUGAGAGUUUCAGCAUGGAUUCAGAUGGGGCCAGGACUUUACCCUGUGUGUGUCAGGAUAGGGUGUGCUGCUCUUUUGACUUGAUCAUGCUUUAGAUGUUCAUGUGAAGUUUUUGCAAGGUGAGCUGUGCUGUUAAAGCAUUAGAAAGAGUGUAAGGUCUCUUCAGGGAUUUUAAGUAUCUUUAGUUUUGCUUCUUGACAUUUUAGUCUUUUUCACUGAAAAUUAGAGCUCGGAAUCAUGUCUGUACCUGUCUCCCUUUCUUCCUUUCCUUCCCCUUUUUUACAAACGCACAUUUGGAGGUUUCUGUGGGUUGCUGCUGUAUGCAUAGCUGGGGAAUUAUUUGCAAACAGAUGGUAACUAUACCUGUAUGUUCAAGUCUGAAGGUCACAAUCUGCAUUUGGCUGCUCACAGAAGUGGGUGAAAUGAGUUGCAGAUCUACAGUUGAGGGCAGAACCUAACCCUCAGGGUCUGUAUCUUUAACCCAGCUGCCACCAGAAUAUUUAUCUCACUUUUGUAAAGAGCAGAUUUUAUCAAAGCACUGGUUGUUAUUUUCAUCUUUGCUCCAGUAACCAAGAUAAGAGAGUAAUAAUUUACCUUCUUUCCGAAUUUGCUCUUAACUGUUGGAAUGUAACCUCUUCUCCCACAGGUUUUUUCUGUUUUCAAACACUGGAAGAGCAAUUUUGUAACUCAGAAAAAUAUUUUACUUGGGGUCAUUAAUCACUUGUUCUGUCAUGCACUUGAUUUUUAUUUGUGGUCUUUUCAACAAGAGCAUUUGAAGGCUGACCUGAGUUCUGUCUGUCUCCUGUUAGACUCCACCUUGCUGAAUCCUUGUACCCAGACCCCCAAUGUUAGUGUGUCAUUGUCCCCUCAAUAAAUCUUCCCUUAGAGGGGCUGCAAAUCGGUUGCAAAUGUUAGUGGGAUUUGAAAUAUGCUUUGGGAACUGAGGAGAGCAGAGCCUAGCCAUAACUCUUGUUUUCCUUGCUGGAUGUUUUUGUAAUUUGUCUUCAAAUACAGUCAGACAUCCAAAUGUUGAUAAAGUUAACUCUGGCUUUUCCCUGUUUUUAACCAGAGGACUGAGAACAAUGGGGGGGGGGGGGUUCUUUUUUUUUUCUUUUUUUUUUUUUUCUUAAGUAAUUCAGUAAUGGGUAUAGUUCUUGCUUCCUAGAAAGAUGUUACAAAUGCUGUAUACUUGCUUCCUGAAGAUGAUAUUGAGUAUAUAUAAAUUGUACUGGCUUAGCAGAAGAGGCUUGCUAAGCAGGCUGACCACUGACUAUGUUUUAUACUUACAUUUUGAGCAGUAUAUUAAUGGGCAUGACGAGAAUUUCACAAAAUAAAUCCCUUCUUAAUGCUGAGAAGAGGGGAGCUGCUUAGAGGAGAAAGGAAUUAAUAGCCUUUCUCUUUACAGGAUCCUUUUCUCCUCUUAGUGCAUGUAACUCCCUAUUCAGGAUCAUGGGAUUAGUGCAUGUACAUCAAGGGGAGAAUAAUCAACAUUUCGUAUUUUCUUAUCAUAACUUAUUGGUCAUGCUUUCUUUUUGAAAAUAUAAUAAAUACAUCAUCAGAUACUUAAAUUUUGCUCUUCUAAACAGACAUAUCAGUAACCACUUGAAAAACUGAAACCUACAGCAGUGCACAAAACAGUACAAAACCAACACGAAUCUCUCUUAAUUUUGAAUUUUGUCUCUCAAUUAGGGGUUUUUAUACUCGCGCGCGCACACGUACACAGAGUAUGUAUAAAUUAAAAUGACUGGAAAUAGCUGAAGUUAAUGUCACUAAUGAAGAUUAGCAGGUGGAUUGGAUUGGAAAAGUGAGCAUAGAUUUUAUAUCUUAUUUUCUUCUGGUUUAAUAGAGCAUAGCUUGUAUAUUUGACUACCAAGCCCUUUACGAGCAAUAAUAAACAAAAAUAUAUCA